AUGUUUUUAUCUUCUCCGACCAUGAGCUUAGCUUUUGGGCCUGGGCGUCAGGUUUGUUCUUCUAUAAACAGGGCCAAAUGCAGGACUGACCUAUUUGUAGCCAUUGCCGGGCAUAUAGUCACGCUGAACUCACGCUUCUUUGGCGUCUCUCAGACCUAUUACACAACACACGUCGAUAAUUCAACAAGCCAAAUAUCCUGGAUAGGAUCAGUCCAAAUACCUGCACUGUUCUUUAUAGAAACCCUCUCUGGUCGUCUCACAGAUCCCGGCUGCUUCCGUAUCACAUUCGCUGCUGGCACACUAUUCACCUGUCUCGGUGUAUUCACGACUUCUCUCAGUACGACAUUCUGGCAACUCCUCCUCUCACAGAGUCUCUGCACAGGGCUAGGUAACGGUCUGAUGUUUACUCCCAGCCUUGCUGUUGUUUCGACCUACUUUAAGCGGAGAAGGGCCUUUGGUAUAACUGCUACUGGAAGUGCCGCGGGAGGUCCGAUAUUUCCAUCUAUGGCUCGUCAGCUUCUUGGGAGUAUUGGUUUUGCUUGUGCGGUUGGAGCCAUGGGGUUGAUGCAGCUUAUCACACUGGACAUGGCGAAUCUACUUCUGAGACCUCGAAUACCACCGAGACAAUCGGUUCCGUGGAUUGAUCUAGUAUGGUUCAAGAGGGAGGGUUACUUGUUCUUUGCAAUCGGAAUCUUCACAUUCUGGACAACAUUCUUCCCGUUCUACUGCCUCACCUGUUUUGCAGUUUCACAAUUGGACAAAACCCUCACGUACUCAGCCGCAUUGAAUAUCCUGCUUGUUGUCAACGGUGUCGGAAUCAUCGGCCGUUCACUACCAAACGCCAUCGCACAUCAUUUCGGAAGCAUCACAGUCCUCAUACCCGUCGUGUUCAUCUCAUCUAAGUGUUUAUUCACGUGGCCUGCAGUAUCCACAGAAGCGGGCUCGUACGCAUGGGCUAGUGCUUACGGUAUCGUCGCUGGAGCAUCCAUGAGUUUGUUCCCUCCAGCUUUGCCAGAUUUGAGAAUGGUUGUGCACAAGACAGGUGUCAGGAUGGGCAUGAUCUUUACGACGAAUAGUAUCGCAACACUCACUGGCCCGCCUAUCGCUGGUAUGAUUACUAGGCGUUCUGGCGGUCACUACCUAAGUGCGCAGAUCUUUGCUGGUGCAUCCCUUCUUUUGCAGCUGAGACUUGUGGCUGAGAGCUUAAAUCAGUAG